AUGGGGACGCUUUUCCGAGAGCUACGGACUGGGGAGCCGACGCCCCACCUGCUGCUUGCGGGGGGGUGGAGGGGGGGGGGUGCCCCGUCGUUGACUGCGGACUCUCCCUCGACGUUGGUUCCCCCACCCCCCAACGCUGGCCCAUUUGCCGAUCCUCCGCUGUGCGACGGCUCAGUAACACCCCCACGCUCACUGUUGAUGCGUUUCCGACAGGGCACGCUGCAGAAGUUCCUGGAUGAUCUCUUCGAGACGGUGUUCAGCACGGCCCACAGAGGCAGCGCUCUACCCCUGGCCAUUAAAUACAUGUUCGACUUCCUCGAUGAACAGGCCGACCACCAGCUGAUCACAGACCAUGUGCGGCACACGUGGAAAAGUAACUGCCUGCCGCUCCGAUUCUGGGUCAAUGUGAUUAAGAACCCGCAGUUCGUCUUUGACAUUCACAAGAGCAGCAUCACCGACGCAUGCCUCUCUGUCGUGGCUCAGACUUUCAUGGAUUCGUGCUCGACCUCUGAGCACCGUCUGGGCAAAGACUCUCCCUCCAACAAACUCCUGUACGCCAAAGACAUCCCCAACUACAAGACCUGGGUGGAGAGGUACUACCGAGACAUCAGCAAAAUGACUCCCAUCAGCGACCAGGACAUGGACGCAUACCUCGCCGAGCAGUCCCGCCUGCAUGCCGACGCCUUCAACACCCUCAGUGCUCUCAACGAGCUGUACUUCUACAUCAACAAGUACCGUGACGAGAUUCUCACGGCCCUGGAGCGAGAUGCUUAUGCCCGAAAGCACCGCUGAGACAGAAACUAGAGCAGACAAUCAACCUCAUGGUUGGCACCAGUUGAGGACGGCCCCUGGCCCAGGGACUCUGGCUGUUUCGUGGGGAGGGGUUCGCGGGGGUGUGUGUGGUUGGCGGGACAGUGGGGAUGGGGAAGAGGAGGAGGAGAGGGUCCCGUGGCCAACUUGGUGGGGGUUGCCCGGGGAGGUAACCGGGCAGCCCGGGGUGAAUCGAUAAGAUGGUGCCUCGCCUCGCAGCGAUUGCGGAAGAUUCCGAAAGGCGAGGAGGCCCGGGGUUUCGGGGUGGGGAACCGCCUUUCGGGAACCACUCUGGAAAGACGGUUUUCCACGCCCCCACCACCCCCCCCAACUCCUCGACAGAGGGAGCGCUGCGGGGGCCCUGAGAAUCCAAGAUGGCCGACGCCCGCACGAUGGCCAAACCAGCAAGCCAAGAGGGUCCGGGCCUCAGUGUGAAGACGCCGCUACCCGCCACAGCCCGUGCUCAACCAUUGAACCCGCCAUUGGGUGGUUGGCGGGGAAGGGCGUGUCAUUUAUCCCUGGGCCCCUUCCCCUUGACUGACAACUGGACCCCCACACUGCGCCCGGGUGGAGAUGCCCGCUCACGUGGGCGUGCCUGUCCCAUUCCGUCCUGACUCUCACCUUGGCACAUUCUUGAGGGGGGGGUGCCUAGCCUAAGGCCCGCUCUGUGCCAACCCCGUGUGCCUGUCUGUCCCAGGGAGUGAAGGCCGUGUCUCAUUCCCAGGAGCUAGGCAAUGCCCCACCUUUCCCAUCUUGUUUGU